AUGUAAAAUUAAAGAAUCAAUUAUAUGAAAUCUAUUAAACAUUGGUGGAGUAAUAUAAUAUAAAAACAUAUAAAUUCUUUAAACCUUCUAGUUCUAAAUUAAAAAUUUAUUCCCAUGGAAUAAUUGUUAUAGUUAAUAUGCAAGAUUCUGAUAGAGUAUAAAUAUUUGUCUCAUAUCAAAGGUGGUUUGUUGUUUUGUUAUAAUACAAUGUCUGCAGAUUUGCAAAAUUUUGUAAUCCAGAAACACUAAUAAAUACAAAAAAUUCAAUUUAUUAAUCAAAUGACAAAGGUUGAUUUGACUAAAGAAGAAAGAAUUGCAAAAAGAUGGCAAAAUUAUAGAAUAAUUAAAACAAAUAAUCUUGAUGCCAAAAACAAAUUAAUUGAAAGAAAUAAAGUAGAAGUAAAUGAAAUAACCAUAAAGUUAAAGAUACAGAUGUAAAGCUCACAAAAAGAAUUAAUUAAUAAUAAACAAUAUAAAUAAUAUAAAUUAUAAUAAUUCUUAUUACUUAUUUAUAUUUUUCAAAAAAAAAGGUAAAUAAAGAAUUCUUAAUAAAACUCUAAAUGUUUACAUAGGAUAGAAUAUUAAGGAUGGUAUAAUAUACAUGAAGUUGCUGA